CCCUUCUUAUCUUCUCAAUAGUGAUCAAAAUAAUGUCUGAAAAAAGACAGCUUCACCUUACAGCCUUUAUGCGGCCGGUAAGCUUGCACACUGGGGCAUGGCGUUAUCCAGGUUCUUAUCCCGACGCAAAUUUCAAUCUGAAGCAUAUCAAAUCAUUCAUCCAAAAGCUUGAAGCAGCCAAGUUCGAUGCUUUCUUUAUGGCAGAUCACUUGGCUGUUCUCAAUAUGCCCUUGGAAGCUUUAAAACGGAGUCACACAGUUACGUCGUUUGAGCCCUUUACGUUGCUCUCCGCAUUAUCGCAAGUAACCGAGAGGAUUGGUCUGGCUGCGACAGCCUCAACAACCUAUGACGAGCCAUAUCAUAUUGCACGUCGAUUCGCAUCCCUGGAUCAUCUAAGCGAGGGCAGGGCAGCGUGGAACAUCGUCACGACGGGUAAUCCAGAAUCGUCGAAGAAUUUUGGCCUCGAUGAACAUGUGCAGCAUGCAGACCGUUACAAACGCGCACGCGAGUUCUACGAUGUUGUAACAGGACUAUGGGAUAGCUUUGCGGAUGACGCCUUUAUUCGCGAUAGAGAAAGCGGGACCUACUUUGACCCCGAGAAGCUCCAUGUAUUGGAUCAUAAAGGAGAGAACCUCAAAGUGAAGGGACCAUUGAACAUAGCACGUCCCAUUCAAGGUUGGCCAGUUAUAGUCCAGGCAGGCCAAUCGGAUCCUGGGAGGCAGCUGGCUGCUGAGACAGCAGAAGCAGUGUUCUGUUCACCACGUGACAUUGCGGCUGGGAAAGCUCUAUAUGCGGACAUCAAAGGGCGCGCAGUAGCGGCAGGUCGGAAUAGAGACCAUCUCAAAAUCUUGCCAGCCGCGUUGAUUAUUGUCGGCGAUACUGUGCAGGAAGCUAAGGAAAAACGAUUGAGGGUCGACAGCUUUGUGCACUAUGAUAGCGCCAUCGCCUCGUUGUCAAUCGCACUCGGUACCGAUGCUUCAAAGUUUGAUCCGGAUGGUCCACUACCAGAAAACCUCCCGGAAACAAAUGCGAGCAAAACCAGUCAAGAAGGAGUCAUCGGGCUUGCCAGAGAUGAGGGCCUGACAGUAAGACAACUUGCGGGGCGUUAUGGCGGCUAUUCAGGACUCGCGUUUGUAGGAACCCCCGACAGUAUUGCGGACGAGCUGGAGCGUUGGUUGGUGGAAGAAGCUGCAGACGGUUUCACUGUAGUAUUUCCAUUUGUUCCCGAGGGGCUGGAUGAUGUCACACAACGUCUGGUGCCGGUUCUUCAGAAGCGCGGCCUUUUCCGUUCUGAUUACACUGGAUCUACUCUACGGGAGCACCUGGGGCUUCCUAGACCAAAUAAUCGCUUCUUUUCAUAGGUUUCGCGUAGCUAUUACAUGCAACAUAGUUCAUUAUGAAGACUCAUUGUAACCGUUACAAUGACAAUUUAUGAGCUAGGGAUAUUCAUGUCGUAAAUCCAAAUCCAGAACCAACAGAGAAAUCACUGUGCGCGCCUCCAAAUAUCUUGUAAAUCC